AUGGAACCAAAUGUUGUCACUGUCUUUAUUUCUGCACUGCCUGCUACUCCAUACGCCAAACUUUUUCCUGACAUCUCGAAGAUUGAAGAUAUAAACAGGAGGGAACUUAAAGCUACAAAAAGUAAAGAGUUGGCUACAAGAGCAAACCUUGGACUCUUUGUUCUCAAUAUUUCUGCAAUAACAAAUGGAAAUGCAUCUUUUUGUGCUUUCUUGCUUAAUUCUUUUGAUUUAUGGCAUGCUAGAUUAGGACAUAAAGAAGCAAUUAAAACUGAAAUUGAUUCUAUUACUCAAAAUGUUUGUAAAUCAAAAGCUUUCAUUGCCUCUAAAUUUGAUAUGAAAGAUAUGGGAGAGGCAAACAUGAUUUUGGGAGUUAGAAUCAUAAGGAAGAAUGAUAGUCUAAUGCUAUCACAAGAGCAUUAUGUUGAGAAGUUUCUAAGGAAGUUUGGACAUUUCAAUGUCAAAUCAGUGAGUACCCCUUAUGAUCCUAACUGUCAAUUAAAGAAAAAUAGAGGUGACUCUGUUGCUCAAUCUGAAUAUGCACAGAUCAUUGGGAGUCUGCUAUAUUUAAUGAAUUUUUCACCAACACCAUCUGUAUCAAUGCGUAGUGAUUGCCAACCGGCAAUAGCCAUUGCAAAGAAUAAAACUUUCAAUGGUAAGAAUAGACAUAUUCGUCUGAGACAUAAUGCUAUUAAGCAGCUGCUGAAAUAUGAAACUAUUUUCAUUGAUUAUGUGAAAUCAGAAGUGAAUUUGGCUGAUCCUCUGACUAAACCUGUAACAGCCCAGAAACCGAACUGCUACCGGCACUAG